AGGCCUUAACGCCUUCACGCGGAAUGAUCCACAUCCUCCAACCGCUAUAAAUAAACCCUUUCUUUUACCACUCCCUUUAAUUAGCAUUUCCCACCAUUUUCCCUUUCCCCAUUUAUUUUUCCAUUUUUCCAUUUUUCCUCUCCACUUCCAUCUAUCUUUUCUUUUAACUUUUCCUUUUUUUCCCCACAAUAUAUCUCCUCCCAUUUAUUGACCCCUUUUCCUUUCUUUCGAAUUUCCCCCAAAAAAAAUGCCAACAUUGGAUGAAGAACUCUUCCCUUCCACCCCUGGUAAAUUCAAAAUCGAACAAAGAAGCUAUGGAAUCAACCGUCAAUUCUACCGUUUCUUCGCCUCCACCAGCACCAUGUUCUUAUGGGCUCUCUUUUUAAUCGCUCUCACCGUCUCUUAUCUCAGCUUCCAAAGCUUCGUCGAUUCCGGUACCCGUUAUCUCUCCGCCUCCUGGGGCGGUCUCCAAUGGGAAAAACAAGUCCGUACCUCUGCCGAGAUCCGCCGUUCCCGUGGCAUGUCUGUACUCGUCACCGGCGCUUCCGGUUUCGUUGGUACCCACGUUUCUCUAGCGUUGAAACGACGUGGAGACGGCGUCGUUGGACUCGACAAUUUCAACAAUUACUACGACCCUUCCCUUAAGAAGGCUCGCAAAGCACUUGUUAACCGUUACGGUGUGUUCGUCGUUGAAGGUGAUAUUAACGAUGCCAAAUUACUCGAUAAGCUUUUCGACAUUGUCGCUUUCACUCACGUGAUGCAUUUAGCGGCCCAAGCAGGUGUCAGGUACGCAAUGGAGAAUCCUCAUUCUUAUGUUCAUAGCAACAUUGCAGGCCUUGUUACUCUUCUCGAGGCUUGUAAAUCAGCCAAUCCUCAACCCUCCAUUGUUUGGGCUUCUUCAAGCUCUGUUUAUGGCCUUAACGAGAAAGUCCCUUUCUCCGAAUUGGACCGGACUGAUCAACCGGCGAGUCUCUACGCCGCUACGAAAAAAGCCGGCGAGGAAAUCACUCACACUUACAAUCAUAUAUAUGGAUUGUCUAUCACCGGGUUGAGAUUCUUCACUGUAUACGGUCCAUGGGGAAGACCGGAUAUGGCGUAUUUUACGUUUACACGGAAUAUUCUUCAGGGGAAACCGAUUACCGUUUAUCGGGGGAAGAAUGGGGUGGAUUUGGCUAGGGAUUUUACUUACAUUGACGAUAUUGUGAAAGGGUGUUUGGGUUCGCUUGAUACCUCUGGGAAAAGUACUGGAUCGGGUGGGAAAAAGAAAGGGCCGGCGCCGUAUCGAAUUUUCAAUUUGGGUAAUACGUCGCCGGUGACAGUGCCGGCGCUUGUGAGGAUUCUGGAAGAGCAUUUGAAGACGAAGGCGAAGAAGAACAUUGUGGAUAUGCCUGGAAACGGCGACGUUCCGUUCACUCAUGCAAAUAUAAGUUCGGCCCGGGCUGAAUUUGGUUAUAAACCGACGACCGAUUUGCCAACCGGAUUGAAAAAGUUUGUUCGAUGGUAUUUGUCUUACUACGGCUACAGUCACGGGACGCCUUUAAAUUAAGCGACGUCGUUUUACGAAAAAAAUAUAUAUAUAUUUUUUGUGUUGUUGUUGUUUUGAUUUUUUGGAAAAAAUAUAUAUAUAUAUUUAGGGCUGUUUUUUUUUUAUCGCUCUUAAUCCGGGGAAAAAAAUGUUAAAAGGCAACACGGAAAAGAAAAUGGUACGUGAAGUGGAGGAGAUGUAUUAUUUGUUGUAUGAUAAUCAUUUUGUACAAAUUAAAUUCCAAAUCCAAUUUUUUGGGAAA